CUUACUACUUUGCAGGCUUCUGUGAUUGAAAACCUUGAUCCCCAUUCAAUAAGGGAAGGGGUACUCACUAAACUAAAGGAAGGUAUGCGGGACAACCUUCCGAUGGAAAGUCCUCAACAAAAGCAAUAUUUAAGAGUUCAAAUAGCGAACAAGCUUCAACGACUGUUUCACUUAAGUGAACAUGAAUAUUUCCUUGGAAACUACAAUUCGUGGCUAAUCAAAGAUGUGCUACUUCAAGGACAUGUGUAUCUUACUAGCGAUUCGUUAUUGUUUUUUGCAUUUUUACAAAACAAGGAUAUGCAAAAUGAGGAGUCUACCAAUGUGGCGAUCAAUGAUGAUUCCUUAAGUAUCAUACAAAGUGGAACUUUGGGAUUAAAAACGAUGCGUUAUGGGGAUACUUUAGUCAGUGGAAUGCUAACCCAUAGGUAUUGGGCAGUUUUGCGACAAGACACAAUGAGUAUAUACAGUAGUUCUACUGAGUUGUAUUUUCCAUUAAUUGUAAUUGAUAUCAAGUCGUGUCUUUAUGUUGAGGUUUCAAAUAAGCAAAAAUACGAAAAAGAGGCUGUAUCUCCUGUUGGAAGAGGUUAUGCAGGUUAUGGUAUUUCAAGACAGAAUUCUGGUACUUCAACCCCAAGGGACCUGGACGAUGUAUCAUCUGAUCUUAGAGAUCUUCUUCAGCAAGAAGCAUCAGAAGAAACUGUUGAAUCGUCGAGUUCACAUGUUUGGAUAAAGUUGGUAACUAGAAAAAAGACAUAUAGGUUUCAAUGUGAUAGUUUAUUUGUUGCUCGCAAGUGGUGUAAUAACUUGACGAAAUUGAUAUUCCACCACAAUAAUACCAAUUCCAAUAGUGAAGUUUUGAUAAAAAUCCCUCAUUCCAACAUAAUAGAGUAUAAUCAAUUUGCUAUAUUUUCAGAAGAUCAAGAUGAAGAAGACAAAAUUGAAGACGAAGAAAAUGAUAUUCCCUUCGGUUGGAAUGUGAAGUAUUAUAGUAAUAACGAAUCUAGGUCAACCAGACUAAAGAAGAAAUUUACUGGAGAAGACGAAUCAUUAGAAACUGAAUCUAUAUACUUUCUAUUUCCUAAGAGUGGUAGUAACUUCUUCAAUGAGUUUGAAAAAAUUGUUCAGAACAAUCAACAACAAGUCAAGAAGGAAUCUUCUAGUGAACUAGUAAGAACGCUUUCAGAAACGUUUAAAAGAAGUAAACAAGAUGACUCUCGCAAACAAUUGGGUAAAUCAAUUUCAACAUUGACUCCUUCCUUAAAUAAUUUGGUUCAAAGCGUAUUAAAUGCAAAUGGAAUGGAUUCGGAUUCGAUACUCAGUCAGCAAAGUUCGGAAAAAUCAACUGCCAAAAAAUUCGGAUCCACUUUAGUCAACGCUACCAAGAUUUUUGCACCCAAGAAAUCUCCACUGGUGAUCAUCAAUGAAUCUUCGGACGACAAUAAUGACAUACCUGAACCUAAAAAUGAACAAAACAAUUUCUGCUUGCCGAAGAAUUUGUCCGUGGGUGGGUUGAGAAGUUUGGAUAUACUACUUGAAACAAGUAUUAAGCAAAUGGGAGAAGCAAUUACAAGGUAUGAUACUAGUAACAGUGCUAAGAGCCAAGAAGAAUUAUUUUCAACAAUUUCAAGAGAUUCUUCUCAAACAAAAGGAGGAGGAUAUGGACCCAGUGCAAUUACCAAGGCACUCACUGUUUUUGGAAGCAAAUUGCGUCCGAUACCAAGUCAUUAUCAAAGUUUUUCUGAUAAUGAUUCAUAUUAUAUCAAGCAGUUAAAAGUACGUGAACGUGACCAGAAUAAUUAUCGUGAAACCUUUGCGUUGGGAGAAGAUUGCAAAUUGAUUUCAUCUUACAAUUGUUAUUUGCAACGGUCAUUUCCUGUUUACGGGGAGUUUUUCAUUGGAGAAACAGAAAUCUGUUUUAAGAGUUCAUUACCAGGUCUUUCUACGAAGAUGAUUGUUCCAAUUUUUGAUAUUGAAGCAGUAAAGAAGGAACAUGGAAUCCGAUUGGCUUACUCUGGUAUAAAGAUUAUUUGUAAAGGUCGUGAAGAAAUGACUCUUGAAUUUAACUUGGGAAGCUCUAGAACUGAUUGUUAUCGGGUUCUUUGCCAACAAUUGAAUUACACUAACGAUGAGACAAAUGAUUCAAUUGAUCGACAUAUAGAUGAUACUGAAGCAAGCUCGAUGAACGGUGAUAACUAUCAUAUUCCUAGCUCGUUGGAAAUAGCAAGAAAAAGAAUUGAAAUGGCAAGAAUUAAGAUGUUUGAAGAUCGGCUAACUACUGCAUCGGGACUAGAUAUCCCAAUUAUGCUAGAAGAUUCCCCAUUUCUCAAGACAGAAAUGAAGCCAUCAGCUUCAUACAAAAUCACACUUUUGACUAUUGGUUCACGAGGAGAUGUUCAACCUUACAUAGCUUUAGGUAAGGGAUUAAUUAAGGAAGGUCAUAAAGUCAGAAUUGCUACCCAUGGAGAGUUUGGACCUUGGAUUAAGAAGCAUGGAUUAGAAUUUAAAGAAAUCGCUGGUGAUCCUGGAGAGCUAAUGUCAUUUAUGGUUAAUCAUAGUUCGAUGUCUGUUUCCUUUUUAAAGGAUGCUCAAGCUAAGUUUGGAGCUUGGAUUACUAAAUUAUUAACUACCAGUUGGGAAGCGUGUCAAGGAAGUGACAUUUUAAUUGAGAGUCCUUCUGCAAUGGCUGGGAUCCAUAUUGCUGAAGCGUUGGUUAUUCCAUAUUUUAGAGCUUUCACCAUGCCAUGGACAAAGACAAGAGCAUAUCCUAAUCCAUUUUUUGUUCCCGAUCAAAAGAAAGGAGGAUCAUAUAAUUAUCUUACACAUGUGUUGUUUGAAACGGUAUUUUGGAAAGGAAUAUCCAGCCAGGUAAAUAAAUGGAGGGAAGAAGAAUUACAUUUACCAAGGACUAAUUUGUAUAGAUUACAACAAUCACGGGUUCCAUUUUUAUACAAUGUAUCUCCCUGUAUACUACCACCGGCUGUUGAUUUUCCUGAUUGGGUCAAAGUUACAGGUUAUUGGUUUUUAAAUGAAGGAUAUGGUGACUAUCAGCCACCUUCUGACUUGGUUGGAUUCAUGAGAAAAGCAAGUGAAGAUAAGAAAAAGGUUAUUUAUGUUGGAUUCGGGUCAAUUGUGGUUAAAGAUGCUAAAUCAUUGACUAAAGCUGUUGUGGAUGCUGUUGUAAAGGCAGAUGUUAGAUGUAUAUUAAAUAAAGGCUGGUCUGAUCGGUUGUCAAAGGAUAAGAAUGAAAUUGAAAUUGAGUUGCCCAAAGAAAUAUUCAAUUCUGGCAAUAUUCCUCAUGAUUGGUUAUUCCCACGAAUUGAUGCUGCUAUUCACCAUGGUGGUUCUGGAACUACUGGAGCAACGGUACGAGCCGGGUGUCCGUCCGUUAUAAAACCGUUUUUUGGUGACCAGUUCUUUUAUGCCACUCAAAUUGAAGACUUGGGAGUUGGAUUAUCAUUAAAGAAGUUGACUGCCAAAUCUUUGACUAAAGCAAUAGUUUCCGUCACAACUGAUAGUGCAAUUAUUGACAAAUGCAAGAAAUUAGCUAGCAAAAUGUCAAAGGAACAUGGAGUGCUAAGUGCCAUUGAAGCAAUAUAUAGUGAAUUGGAAUACUCGAGAAAUUUGAGUCUUAUCAAGGACAAUCAUAAUAUCAAUUAUAAGAAGCAUAAUCCUGAUUUUCCAGCUCGAGUUGGUAGUCCAAAGUCGGAUAGUAGUGGUGAAUCUGUGCUAACCAGUGAUGUAAAGAAUAGUUCUUUUCUUUCUUUUGCUGUAUAAAUGGUGAUUGUAUAUAUUUUAAUGAUUGCAAAAUUAUUUU